CUGGAGACCUUGUAAAUCAGUUAAGAAUCCAUCCUCAACGACCUGAGCCCCAAAUGCUCCGGCGGACCACCGUAUUUGACCGCCUCUCCGCCCUCCACGUCGCCGUCGCCAAUGGCCAGCUUGAGGUUCUUUCGAUGCUCUUGGAUCGACCCGUGGAUAAAGAUGUAGUUAAUAGGCAUAAACAGACUCCAUUGAUCCUUGCUGCAAUGCAUGGAAAGAUUGCUUGUGUGGAGAAGCUACUUCAAGUUGACGCAAAUAUCUUGAUGUUUGAUUCGUUACACGGAAGGAGUUGUUUGCAUUAUGCUGCAUAUUAUGGGCAUUCGGAUUGUUUGCGAGCGAUUCUCUCUGCUGCUAGUUCCACCUCAGUUGCUGACUCUUGGGGAUUUGCCCGAUUUGUAAAUGUCAGUGAUACCAGCGGAGCAACUCCAUUGCAUCUUGCAGCAAGGCAAAGGAGGCCGGAAUGUGUUCAUAUUCUACUUAAUAAUGGAGCUCUUGUAUCUGCUGCUACUGGUGGAUAUGGACGCCCUGGGAGCACUCCUCUUCACUUGGCUGCGCGUGGAGGGUGUUUGGAUUGUGUACGAGAAUUGCUUGCGUGGGGAGCUGAUCGGCGUCAAAUGGAUUCAUCUGGGAGAACACCAUAUGCUGUUGCACUAAAGCGAAAUGGGGCUUGCGCAGCUUUACUAAACCCAGCAACAGCAGAGCCUCUGGUUUGGCCUUCUCCACUCAAGUUCAUCGGUGAACUCGAUCAGGAUGCAAAAAUUCUGCUGGAGAAUGCUCUGAUGGAGGCUAACAGGGAGUGGGAGAAUAAAAUCUUGAAACGAACAUUUUAUUCUUUGCCUUCCCCUACACAUUCAGGUGAUAGUGUUGAUGAUGAUAUCUCCGAGGCUAGUGACACUGAACUCUGCUGCAUCUGUUUCGACCAAGUGUGCACGAUUGAAGUUCAAGACUGCAGACACCAAAUGUGUGCACGUUGUGCACUCUCUCUGUGCUGCCACAACAAGCCAAACCCUACAACCCUAUGCUCACCUACACCGGCCUGUCCCUUUUGUCGAAGCACCAUAGCUCGAUUGGUUACAGCCAAGGGCAAGAACAAGGAAGAACUCAACAUAGACAAUGACAACCAUUCUUUUAAGCUAAGGAAAUCAAGUAGGUCUCGAACUUUCGGCGAGGGGAGCAGUAGUCUCAAAGGCUUGUCUUCAGCCAUGGGCUCGUUCGGUAAGAUCAUGGGUAUUGGUUCUGGUUGCGUUGAUGAUAGAAGUGAUAUACUGGACAAGCUUUAGAUAAGUCCAUUGUUUUGUGUAGAUUUUGGUCAUUGUAAAUGCAGAAAAUAGAUCAGAAUAAACAGUCUUUUGCAGUUUUCAGGUUGGUAGUUGAGUUGUGUGAGCAAGAUUAAAUGCUGAAGCUGAGGAGGGGAAUGGAGAUGAACAGUUUAGGUGGUAGAAUUGAUCCCCUUGAGGGUUAUCAAAAAAAUACCCGUUUGUGUGUUCAAAGCUUUAGAGGCCCCAAAGUAAGUGUGGGCAUAGGUCUACUUGUCUA